AUGACGACGGUGGCAGCUCUCUCUCUGCUGCCCACCUCGCUCUACAGACCCAGCACCAAAAUAUACACCAAGAGGGUAAGCUUCAAUCAGCCAUUAGGGAUCACAAUUUCUGCCCAGAGCCAUUGUAUUCUUCGUCCAGAGUAGCCAAUGUAUUUCCCUGUGAUAACUAAUGGGUGCCCGGAAUUUGCAGAGUGUUCCUGGGAGAUGUGGAUUUAGGGUGGUGGCGGUGUUCGGAGAGGAAGGUGUAGGCGGUGGCGGAAGCCUGGAGAGGAAGAGCACCUGGGAAGCUAUAUUUGAUGUGGAGGACCCCAGGCCGCUGCAGCCGUCGUCCAAGGGGAAGUUCCUAGACGCGAACCAAGCUCUGGAAGUGGCCAGAUUUGAUAUUCAGUACUGUGACUGGAGGGCUCGCAACGAUCUGCUCGCUAUAAUGCUUCUUCACGAGAAGGUGACGAUGACUCCAUCGCUUACCCUUCCAUAUUAUCUCUUUUUUACCUCUCUGCCAUGUUUUUUUCUCGCUGCUGAUUGCUUGAGGAUAAUUUAUCUGAUUUGUGUACACUGUUCAGAUGAACACAAGUCCGUAUAUAAUAUGAAAGUUUGCCGUUUCAUUUAUAGAUGAUAACUUAGAUCAUUGUCUAAGUGGAAGCACAAUCUUCUCAUCUCUGACGACUUCUGGGCUAAUCCGGUGGCAUUCAUGAAAGGAGAUCCCAAAAUUAUUGAUCUUGAACCUCUUCAGAGCACCAUUAGCAGAUCGCAAUCUUUCAAAGCUCGGAGUUUCCCAAAAUGGGUGACCCCCCAUCUGCUAUCUUGUGGCUAAAUCAUCAUUCAUGGAUUCAGGUUGUGGAGGUCCUCAACCCUCUAGCGAGGGAGUACAAGUCGAUCGGAACCAUGAAGAAGGAGCUGGCGGAGUUGCAGGAGGAAUUAGCUCAGGCCCAUCAACAGGUCUGAAAAUAUCUAUACUUAACUUAGUAUAAUCCACUUGUUCAUAUGAGUAAUAGGAUGAUUAGAUGCGACUGAUCCCUCCCUGUGCAGGUCCAUAUUUCUGAGGCGAGAGUGGGGGCUGCUUUGGACAAGUUGGCAUAUGUGGAAACCUUGGUGAAUGACAAACUGCUACAGGAAAAGGACACCAGAGAAAUCAGCUCUGACUGCUCCUCGCUCAGCGCGAGCACAUCCUCCCCAUCUGCAGAGACAAUGAUGAAGCAGCCGCGAAGAAGAGGCUUUAAUGUGUCUGGCCCGGUCCAGCCAUAUCACCCGAAUCUCAAGAAUUUCUGGUACCCCGUUGCAUUCUCCAGAGAUCUUAAAGAGGACACAAUGGUGAGUUAGACAGAUAUCAGCUGCUUUGACCCCAAAAAAAGGGAAAAAAGAGGAGAAAUCUUCUCAUGCUGAUGCCUAAAUUUGGAAUGCUUUCUUCUUUUAGGUACCUAUAGACUGCUUCGAAGAACCGUGGGUUAUAUUCCGGGGAAAGGAUGGAAGACCGGGAUGUGUUCAGAACUCGUGCGCUCACAGAGCAUGCCCUCUUGACCUUGGCUCGGUGAAGGAAGGCAGGAUCCAGUGCCCUUACCAUGGUAGGACAUACAGAUCACAGUGUGCUCAUAACUAUUGUAUCUGGCUCAUAAUUUUAGUUAAUUUAUAGUUAAUUAUUGUAUCUGGCUCAUAAUUUUCUUGUUUGGGGUUGAUUCAGGGUGGGAGUAUUCGACCGAUGGGAAAUGCCAGAAGAUGCCUUCCACAAAAAUGCUCAACGUAAGAAUCAAGUCGUUGCCAUGUUUCGAGCAUGAGGGCAUGAUCUGGGUCUGGCCUGGCAGUGACCCCCCCACCGCCACUCUUCCCUCUCUGCUUCCCCCUCCAGGAUUUCAGAUUCACGCAGAGGUAAACUGGCCAAUUUCCAGAAAAGGAAGGAAACCCAUGUGCAAUUUGUUUGGAUUUUACUUAAAAAUCCUUCAUUUUUAGGUUUGGAAUGAUAAGGUGUAACGAGAUUUAGCCAUAUCUAUUGGGAAUAACGUGAUAUUCUGGCGCCAUCUAUGAUUGUGUGAACAGAUUGUGAUAGAGCUGCCGGUGGAGCACGGGCUUCUUCUGGACAAUCUCCUCGACCUCGCUCACGCCCCAUUCACCCAUACCUCCACCUUUGCAAAGGGAUGGGCUGUGCCGAGGUGGGUUCAUCUCUUCCAGCGAUAAAAUGAAUUACCAUGAAGAACCAGUUUUCCUCGAAUAUUAACCCAACGGUUCUUCCGAAUGGCCUAAAUUAGAAAUGAAAAAAAAAAUUACUUGCUAUUUCUGGCUUAUAUUGAACGGGAAAUUAUUUUUGACUGUGCUGUGAAAACUGCAGCCUGGUGAAGUUUCUGACGCCUUCCUCGGGACUUCAAGGGUACUGGGACCCGUACCCGAUCGACAUGGAGUUCAAGCCUCCCUGCAUGGUUCUGUCAACAAUCGGUAUCUCAAAGCCCGGGAAACUGGAGGGACAAAACACCAGGGAGUGCUCGACGCACUUGCACCAGCUUCAUGUGUGCCUACCUUCCUCGAGACAGAAGACGAGGUUACUCUACAGGAUGUCUCUGGAUUUCGCCCCCCAGCUGAGGCACGUCCCUUUCAUGCACAUCCUGUGGAGAUACUUUGCCGAUAAGGUAACAUAACGCAGACCAUCCCCUUCAGAAUCACCCUCCAUAUAGACUCAUAUAUAUAUGUUUCCUAAAUUUAGCAUAUACUUUUUAGUUAUUCACCUUCUUUGAAUUUUUCAUUGAGAUAUCGUGGAUUUCAAACACCCGUUUAAAUCAAAUGGAUUAUUGAUUAAGAAGUCUAAUUAAAUUUUCUAGGUAGAUAUGUUUUUUUCAACAGAGUCUGAUUAUGGGUAAGUAAUUGGAAAGAUGAGUAAAAGCUUGCGAUUUUGAAUACAACUGAUGAUCUUGAUCUAUGAAUUCCCUUGAUUCGGCCGUGACCCAUCUCUGACUGGGGUCAUCUUGAAUCCAGGUGCUAAAUGAGGACCUGAGGCUAGUGCUUGGCCAGCAGGAUCGGAUGAUCCAUGGGGCCAACGUUUGGAACCUGCCUGUUUCAUACGAUAAGCUUGGGAUAAGGUACCGGCUAUGGAGGGAAUCACUUGAAGGAGGAUCUGAUCAAUUGCCAUUCAACAACUAG